AUGGAGAGACACAACCAAACAGGGGUGACUGAGUUCAUCCUGAUGGGCAUCACUGACAGCCCUGAGCUACAGGCCCCAUUGUUUGGGCUGUUCUUCAUCAUCUAUCUGGUGUCAGCAGUGGCAAAUUUGGGCAUGAUCAUUCUCACCAAGAUGGACUCCAGGCUUCAAACCCCCAUGUAUUUCUUUCUCAGACACCUGGCUAUAACAGAUCUUGGUUAUUCUUCAGCUGUGGGACCCAAGAUGUUAGUAAAUUUCAUUGUGGACCAAAAUACUAUAUCAUUUUAUUUUUGUGCUAUACAGUUAUUUUUCUUUAUCACAUUUAUUAUUAGUGAGCUUUUCAUUCUGUCUGCAAUGUCCUAUGACCGCUAUGUGGCCAUCUGUAAACCACUUCUCUAUACUGUCAUUAUGUCUCAAAGAAUCUGCUGGGUACUAGUCCUAAUCCCUUAUGUGUACAGUACAGCUGUGUCUCUCCUAGUCACCAUAAAGAUUUUCACUUUGUCCUUCUGUGGCUAUAAUGUCAUCAGUCAUUUCUACUGUGAUAGUCUCCCCUUGCUGUCUUUGAUCUGUUCAAAUUCACAUGGAGUUGAAAUAAUAAUUUUAAUACUGUCUGCUUUUAAUUUGAUGUCCUCUCUCCUGGUCGUCCUUGUGUCCUACCUGCUCAUCCUCAUAGCCAUUCUCAGGAUGAACUCUGCUGAGGGCAGGCACAAGGCUUUCUCCACCUGUGGGUCCCACCUCACAGUGGUCAUCAUCUUUUAUGGGACUUUGAUAUUCAUGUAUGUGCAGCCCAAGUCCAGCCACUCCUUUGACACAGAUAAAGUGGCUUCCAUCUUUUACACCCUGGUAAUCCCCUUGUUGAAUCCCUUGAUUUAUACCUUGAGGAACAAAGAUGUGAAAUUUGCCCUUCGAAAGACAGGGGAAAAGGUACACAACAUAUUCUAA